CAAUCUCUCAAAAAAAUGAGGAGACUUCUUGUACACAGACACACAAUGGUAUUAUGCUUUUCUCCCGGGCAGACUUCCACUCAGUGCAGAUCCUUAUGCAUUCCUUGGAACACUUUUCAAGUGUUUCUGGUCUAACCUUGAAUCCUACUAAGUCCAAUAUAUUUAUCACUGGGAGACUUAGGGAUGCUAGCCAAGACAUCCUGGAUUUGGCCCCCUUUCCUCGUGGACACCUCCCGGUUAGAUAUUUGGGACUUCCUCUGGCUUCACAAAGAAUCUCUGAGAAUGAUUAUGCUCCUCUCUUCAAAUCUGUGGAUGGCUUUUUAUCUAAAUGGGGUACCUUGAAGAUUUCUUAUGCAGGUAAGCUUGAGUUGAUCAGGGCAGUGAUCCAAGGGGUCCAAUCAUUCUGGCUACAGGCAUUCCCAGUACAGAAAUAUGUCCUUGAUCGUAUCACUUCCCUUUGCCGGGACUUCCUCUGGGGGAGUAAAUUUGCUAAAGUGGCAUGGUCCGAUAUUUGUAAACCUAAAGCAGAGGGGGGUUUGGGUCUUAGAGAUGCUGAGACUUGGAACAAUGCCCUCCUUUGCAAGAUCCUUUGGAAUAUUGCAUCAAAGAAGGACUCACUAUGGGUCAAAUGGGUGCAUAAUAUAUUUAUUAAACAAGAUGAUAUUUGGCAGUGGCAGCCUAAGAAGAGAUACUCCGUCCUCUUCAAAAGGCUUGCCUAUGUGCGAGAGCUUCUUGUCCAGAAGCUUGGCAGCCAUAACUCCUCCAUGGAAGUGGCUAUGCAGACUGUGUGUGAGGGUGAUAACCUUGUUCCGAGCAAGGUGUAUGAUUUGCUUAGGCUUGAGGGGGGGUGUUGGGCGGUGCUCCUUGGACCACACGGCAAGAAGGAGAGCAAAUCCCAUUCUAAGUGGGAUUGCUCUUGAUUUGUUUCCUUGUUCAUAUUUAGUGAUUUGUUUCCUUGUAGGAAUAGAAUUCCUUUUGUGUUUUGGUCUUUAUCCUCUCCUAUAAAUAAAGGAGAAACUCCUUGUACUUAGCAGAACAAUUCAAUAUACAGAAUAUUUUCCC